UCGGCUCAUUGUUGCUUGGCGCCGGGUCCAAGAUGGCGCCGUGGAGCCGCCGAUUGUAAAGUGAAGUGAGACCCGGGGACCGGCAGUGGGAGGAACGUUUCGAGCGCAAACAGACCUCCUCUUGUGACCGUUGGCGCUUUUGGAUUAGUAUGCUCUCAGGACAUGGGCGAAAAGCUGGAACUACGGCUCAAGUCCCCUGUGGGAGCCGAGCCUGCUAUCUACCCUUGGCCGCUGCCUGUUUACGAUAAGCAUCACGAUGCCGCACAUGAAAUUAUUGAGACUAUCAGAUGGGUUUGUGAAGAAAUUCCAGACCUCAAACUGGCCAUGGAGAACUAUGUGCUCAUAGACUAUGAUACGAAAAGCUUUGAGAGCAUGCAGAGACUGUGUGAGAAGUACAACCGUGCCAUUGACAGCAUCCAUCAGCUGUGGAAAGGCACCACUCAACCAAUGAAGCUAAACACGCGACCAUCCACAGGUCUUCUACGGCAUAUUCUGCAACAGGUCUACAAUCACUCUGUUACUGACCCUGAAAAACUCAACAACUAUGAGCCUUUUUCCCCAGAGGUGUAUGGGGAGACCUCCUUUGACCUAGUGGCCCAAAUGAUUGAUGAAAUAAAGAUGACUGAAGAUGACCUCUUUGUGGACUUGGGGAGUGGUGUUGGGCAGGUUGUUCUACAGGUAGCCGCUGCAACCGGAUGCAAACAUCACUAUGGUGUAGAGAAGGCGGAUAUCCCGGCCACAUACGCAGAGACCAUGGACAAAGAGUUCAGAAAGUGGAUGAAGUGGUAUGGGAAGAAGCAUGCAGAAUACACACUUGAGCGCGGAGACUUCCUCUCAGAGGAGUGGAGGGAAAGGAUAGCCAGCACAAGUGUAAUUUUUGUGAAUAAUUUUGCCUUUGGUCCUGAGGUUGACCACCAGCUAAAGGAGAGAUUUGCCAACAUGAAGGAAGGUGGUAGAAUUGUAUCCUCCAAACCAUUUGCACCUCUGAACUUCCGAAUAAACAGCCGAAACUUGAGUGAUAUUGGCACCAUAAUGAGAGUCGUGGAGCUAUCACCGCUCAAAGGGUCUGUUUCCUGGACUGGCAAGCCUGUCUCCUACUACCUGCACACUAUUGACCGGACCUUACUUGAAAAUUAUUUUUCUAGUCUGAAAAAUCCAAAACUCAGGGAGGAACAAGAAGCGGCACGACGGAAACAGCAGAGAGAAGGAAAAAGCAAUAACACCACGCCCACUAAAAUUCAGGAACCUAAGGAUGCUGCAGCAGAGGAGGAGAAAACUGCUGCUCUAAAGAAGGCUUCACCAGCCAAGGCCCGCCGAAAGCUUACAAAGAAAGGGAGGAAGAUGGCAGGGCGGAAAAGAGGACGUCCCAAGAAACUACUUCCUGCUGCAGGGGAGCGCAAGCCCUCUAAGCCUCAAACUGCACUGGAAACCAUUCAUCCACAAAAUGUCCCUACCCCUCAAUCCCCAAAACAGCCGACCCCUCAGGACACAUACAAGUCACCUCACAGCCCCUAUUACCAGCUACCUCCAAAAGUGCAACGCCAGCCUUCCAACCCGCUCCUGUCAUCUCCCACACCCCCAGCAUUGCAGAAGCUGCUUGAUUCGUUUCGGAUUCAGUACCUGCAGCUUAUGUCUUACAUGAAGACCCAUCAGUACAAAGCUGGGUUACAACAGCUGUUGGAACAUGAGAAGGAGAAGAAUUCCCAGCUCCUUGGAACUGCUCAGCAACUACUAUCUCACUGCCAGGUUCAGAAAGAGGAAAUCAAAAAGUUGUUCCAGCAGAAGUUGGAUGAGCUUGGAGUCAAGGCCCUAACUUACAGUGACCUCAUCCAGGCCCAGAAGGAGAUUUCUGCUCACAACCUGCAGUUGAAAGAACAGAGCAGACAGUUGGAACAAGAGAAUGGAGAACUGAGGAACCGAAGCCUGCAACUGUUGAAGGCACGCUGUGAGGAGUUAAAGCUGGACUGGAACACUUUGUCGCUGGACAAUCUGAUGAAGGAAAAAUUAGCCCUGAAGAACCAGAUAUCCGAGAAGCAGAAACACUGUUUGGAGCUGCAGAUUAGCAUUGUGGAACUAGAAAAGUUUCAAAGACAGCACGAACUUCUCCAACUGAAGUCUUCCAUUUUGUCGGAUGAUCCCGCACCGAACCACAGACGUUCCAAGGGUACAUUCAAUACCCGUUUCCCUUCAGACCCCGCUGCACCAUGUUCUGUACCGCCUUCAACUUCCCACACCAAUGGUCUGGUACCAGAAGUAUCCAUGAAUGGUCAUUCUUCCCAUUAUGAGCUGUACAAUUCCUGCCGUGUUGGGGGAAGCAGACCCUGUUCUAAGGAGAGCACGCCUUCUCACUCGGAGCAUCCUGACAUGAUGCCCAGCAAUCAAAACCAUUUGGUGCGGUACAAAGGGGACAAGGCUAACGGGCAGUCCCAACCAGACUACACACGCUACUCACCUGCCAAAAUUGCCAUGCGACGCCAUCUUAAUCAGGAACCAACUGUUAAUGGACGAGGCUCUGAAAUGAAUCAUAGAAGUGAUGUGAAAGAGAGCAGCUUUACAUCCCACAGUCCUGGGAUCCCAAAUGAUUCCUCUUUCAGUCCUCAUGAAUCGCACCCUUCAUCUCCUGAAAGAGGGAGUCCAUUGGGGGAGAGGCCCACAGACAAGAUGUUGCAAGAUCGCUGUUCCCCCUCUAACCCAGAGACCAUCACCAGUCUGCCCAUUAGCAUUCCCCUGAGCACUGUUCAACCUAACAAGCUGCCUGUCAGUAUCCCACUGGCCAGCGUUGUCCUGCCUAGCCGCGUGGAGAAGAGAAAUAGUCCCAGUCCUGGAUGUCAUAACAGAGAGGGCUGUAUCUUGGAUAAUCAGUUUGGUGCUACGUCUAACAGCCUAAGUUAUGCUGCUGUUUCCAAGCCGCUGGCUAACUCAGGUUAUUUCUACUCAACAUGGCCUUCUUCUCUGAAUGGGCCAGUUCUUAACAGCCACGGAUCAGAGACUGACUGUAUGGAUGAUUCUUCAAACUCAGGCACCCUUUCAAACUCUGGAGGGUCCCGAAGCUCUACCCCUUCACAUCACCAGCAGACAUUUCAGCGUUCACCUACCCAACUUCCCUCUACCAGUCCCCGCAUGUUCCAAGAUCUUGGUAAAGUUUCUGGUGAGGGAGAGGUGGAUACUAGCGAUACAGACAUAGAAGCCAAGAGGAGGAUAAUCUUCACCAUCACAAGUGGGGCUGCAGGCUCGAAUGGCAGGUCACCAUCAAGCAAGCACAGCCCACUGACUGCCACCAUUCGUAUGGAAUGUGGUACGGGGCAAGAUGGCAGGCGGAGAGGGAGCAGGCGUAAAAGGUCCUCAACAAGUAGCCACAGUUUCGGGGUAUCCCCAAAACGCAAGUCCCUUCCAACAUCUCUUGGGCUGACUGGCUAUACUUCAGGUUCUCCGCUGAGCAUCAGCUCUAUGGUAAAUAACAUCAACCAGCCUUUGGAAAUCACAGCCAUCUCAUCCCCAGAGAAUUCAUUGAAAAAUUCCCCUGCCCCUUAUCAGGAUCAUGAGCUACCCCCAGUGCUAAAGAAAGAGAAACCACUUCCUGCAUCUAAUGGGAUGCACUACUCUCCCCUUACAUCUGAAGAUGAAAUUGAAUCGGAAGACGAAUCCUUUGCUGCAAGAAAUGAGAGGAAGAAUUCCAGUCUGUCCUUUGAGAACAAAGAAUCGCCACAGAGAAGUGAGGGAGAAAGAGGUCUCCCGUACCCUGGCAGGAAAUCCUCUUGCGAGAGCAUAGGCAAAUGGAAAUCUACCUUCUCCCCGAUCUCAGACACAGCUCCCAGCCGCGCUCCUGAAAGCCCUUCCUCACCCCCCCGCCACAGUACCCACUAUCCCUCUGGUGAUGGUGCACGACGAGGGACAGGGGGUAUGAGCCCAGGGUCGGCUAGCAGCAUCAGUGACCAUACCAGGGCAGAAAUGAAAAGGGCAGCAGCAGAGUGCAACUUAUUCCUGAAUAAAAAGUUGGCUUCUGAAGGUGCUAAGAGAGAGGACAGGGUCCCAGCGGCGAGAGUGGACCGCUCCAGUAGUAGAGCCCCUCGUAGCCGAGAGAGGGAUGGCGAGGGAAGGUUGCCUGGCAACUUAUUCAUGACACAGGGAUCUGGAGCCCUUCUAAAUGGGAAGGUUUCGAGCCCAGCCCCACUCCACCCACACCAUUUCCUGAGCAGCUUGGCAGCUGGCUCUCAGCUUGCCCUUCAGGGCAGCCUCAGUUCAGUGGCCAGCAAUUCUGUGUUACAGUCCAUCUUCAGUUCCAUGCCUGUACAUGUGACUGGACCGGCAGGCCGUCUGGCCAACUCCCAUGGCAUGGCUGGUUUCACUACUCCUGGAGUGACUGGCGGAACUGUAGGAGGUAUCUAAAAUGUCUACCUCGCUCCGAAUGACCUAUGCAAAGACAGACCUGCUAAUUUUGUCUAUUUGGUUUUUACCACCUUCCUCCAAAAGGUGCUGUACACAAUUUUUGGAGGAAGGGGAGACUGCGUCACUCAUCCCCCGUAGUAACCACUGGUUAACUUUACAAUCACGUCAUAUUUUGUUUGUGUUUUUUUUUUUUUUUUUUUUUUCCGCAGAGAAGGACACAUUAUUCCACUGUGAAUGGAAAUGAUGGCAACAAACUGUGGGGAUUUUUUUUUUUUUUUUUUAAAAAUGUAAUUUAUGAAACUUUGAUUUGUGGAGGAUUUGUUUGGGCAUGUGUGUGGGAAUAUAUAUAUAUAUAUAUUACACACGUACACCCCUAUCCACAUGGGUGGUGGAGGACGUAGCUCAAAACACGAGCAGAAAAGUGAUAUGGUGUAUGGCUUUGGGAUUUAUUGGGGAUUGGGCAUCACAUGUGCCGUUAUCCCCGAUCAGAGAUUAAACUGGUGCUACGCAUACAAGAUUGUGCCUCCGAAAAUUGGUGCUUUGAAGUUGCGGUGCUCUUCAGAUAUACACUGGGACUCUGGGUCCAUUGCUCGAUAUUAUGCGUACUUAUUUAUUGAUUUCUGUCCCUGUGUAACCAAAGUACAUUUUGCUAUGUUCCUACCA